CUAUCUAUUCUAUUAUUAUUAUUCUCAUCAUUCGAUCACUGCCGUGUUUUGAAUCUUCAUCUGUAGAAAGAAGAGAAAAAGAAAUUUUCUUUCCGCAAUUCGAACCAGUGAAACGUCGUACAACGUUUUAUAAACAUAUAUUAAUUUUGGUCCAAAAAGUAUAUACAUAAAAUGAAAGAAAGUGUCGGGAAUCCUUUACAUCUAAAAUCAUUGAAUCAUAUAUCGCUUAUAUGCAAAUCUGUUGAAGAAUCUUUAGAUUUCUACACAAAUGUUUUAGGAUUUGUGCCGAUCAGAAGGCCUGGAUCCUUCGAUUUCGAUGGUGCAUGGUUGUUCAACUACGGAAUUGGAAUUCAUCUGUUACAAUCGGAGAAUCCGAACAACAUGCCUAAAAAGACUGAAAUUAACCCCAAAGACAAUCAUAUUUCUUUUCAGUGUGAGAGUAUGGGAGCAGUGGAGAAGAAGCUAAAAGAGAUGGGGAUAGAUUACAAGAGACAAAGGGUGGAGGAAGGCGGGAUAUAUGUGGAUCAGUUAUUUUUUCAUGAUCCCGAUGGUUUUAUGAUCGAAAUAUGUAACUGCGACAACUUACCCGUCAUCCCAAUUGCCGGAGAAAUGGCUAGGUCAUGUUCUCGCCUUAAUUUAGAUAUCAUUUCUAAGAAACAGAUACAAACAUUUGUUCAGAUGUAAUGUAUAUCACUAGCUGUUUUCCAUGAUAAUUUCUAUUUUAUUAUGUUAUGAUGAUGAUAACCUUUAAGUUUGUUUUAAAGGUUAAUUAAUUAGUUUCUCUGUUGUAUGUGUUUUUGGACGUUGUAGGUUCUUUUAAUAAAUUUAAUUUGGUGCGAUAUAA